AUGGGAGACUAUUCCAUCAUCAUCUGCAUCAACCAGAAAUGGAAUAUUGACAGCAACAUUCCCAUUAACGCAGUUUGCUGCGCAACUAGUGGCGCCAUAUUCCCAGCUGUAGCGUUUCCAUUCGAUGAGGGAACGCCGAACUCGAACGACUACGACGUGAGCAGCCUCAGGUCAGGGCAGUUCGGCGUCACCAAAUAUGUUGGAGCGCAGAAUGUACCGAACACGGUCUGCCAGGUUUUGCUCAGUGACGGAUAUUUCGACGGAUAUUUGCUCAGUGAUGGCUUCAGCUCUGCAAACAAGCGAUGCGUCCGAGCCCAAUAA